AACCACCUUACUACUCAGUGCAAGAGAAAAUCAAGAUGAUUAACUUGCGCAGUGCUAGUUUUAUAAUAAUCUUGUCCCUUGGCUUGUUGGUAGGAACAUCCGGGGCUCAACAAUGUGGAACACAAUAUCCCAAUUGUAACUGUCCGGAGGGGUAUUGUUGCAGCAGCUACGGAUACUGCGGCACCACCGACGCCUACUGUGCCCCCGGAAACUGCCAAUGCCAAUGCCCCGCUCCUACUCCUCCACCGCCACCGUCUCCACCGCCUCCACCGCCUUCACCACCUCCUCCCUAUGUCCCGCCGCCUCCCCCUUCUCCCGACGACAUCGCCAAUAUCGUUUCUGAGUCCCUCUUCGAAGAAAUGCUUCUCCAUCGAAACGAUGAUCCGAAUUGUGCUGUAGGCUUCUACACUUACGACGGUUUCGUUACCGCCGCCAGACGUUUCCCUGAGUUUGGUGCUACCGGCACUCUUGAAGAUCGUAAGAGAGAGAUCGCGGCUUUCUUCGGCCAAACUUCUCAUGAAACCAGAGGAGGAUGGCCCACAGCACCGGAUGGUCCGUAUGCCUGGGGAUAUUGCUAUAAUAGGGAGCUAGGAACCCCAGCUGGCUACUGUGUUCCUAGCACUGAAUGGCCUUGUGUUCCUGGUCAAAGUUAUUACGGCCGAGGACCAAUCCAACUCAGUUACAACUUCAAUUACGGACCAGCAGGAGCCGCACUUGGAUUAAACCUACUUAGCAAUCCCGAUCUGGUUGCCACAGACGUCAUUGUAUCAUUCGAGACAGCCAUAUGGUUUUGGAUGACUCCACAAGCCCCGAAACCUUCAUGCCACGAUGUUAUGACCGGUCAAUGGACGCCAACUCCAGCAGACAUAGCAGCCGGCCGACUUCCUGGCUACGGUAUGACCACCAACAUCAUCAAUGGAGGUCUAGAAUGCGGUUUCCCGGGUCCUGAUGAUAGGGUGGAAGAUAGAAUUGGUUUCUAUUUGAGGUACUGUGGCUUGCUGGGAGUGGACCCUGGGGAUAACUUGGAUUGCUAUAAUCAAAGGCCUUAUGGGUUUAGUCUUAGGAAUCCAAAAUAUGGGAUGCUCAAAAUGCCUGUCGAUCAGGCGUAAUUUAAUAUAUAAAGGGACGAGAUCGAAUAAAUCAUCAUAUGUUAUGAGCUCUCUGAUCAUGAUAUCAAGAGAAAGCUAGUAAUUUUGUACUACUAUAUAUAUGUUGCGUGUAUGUAAUAAAAUAAGCUGGCCUCAACUGCAUGUAGUGUGGUGUGCUUAAUUUGAUCUUAUGAUUUAUAUAUGUUUGUAAGA